AUGUCAACCGCCACAACAAAAUCAGCUCACGAUAUAGCCAUCAGUUCCUUCAAUUCAAAUCAUUCUUUAUACGACAUUUAUCGUCCUUCAUUUACACCCAUUAUCGUUGACCCCUUUUUAGUUGAUCUUAAUCUUGCAACAUACAACAAGCAAGACAAUACAUUCACAUUUGAUAAUGAUAAACACAUUGUUGAACUUGCAUGUGGUACUGGAAAAUUCACCAAAAAUUUAAUUGAUAAUGGCUGGGGUCAAAAUUUAUCGGUUGUUGAUCCAUCAAAGGGAAUGUUGCAAACAUUUAAACAAAAUUUCCCCCAAGUAAACAAUGUUGUUCAAGCCUCAAGUUACAAUACUCCCUUUGAUGACAAUUCAGUUGAUGCGGUAAUUAUCGCCCAAGGGUUCCAUUGGUUUGCUGAUGAAGAAAGUUUACGAGAAAUACAUCGUAUUUUAAAACCAAAUGGGAAAUUGGGCUUGAUUUGGAAUUUCGAUUACAUUUCACCAUCACAAGAUUCAAUUGUUCGUGAAAGCAAUUACUACAAUGCAGGCACAAGAUAUUACCAGGAUUUAGAUUUGAAAUCCAACAAAAACAAUCAAGAGUUGUUAUUGCAACAAUAUUUUGCAAAUCAAAAAUGGAACGACGAAGUGACUAAAUACGUCUACAGUUUCGACGUCAAAGUACCUCAAUAUCGUCAUGGUAAAUGGAGAUCAAUUUUGUUGUCGAACCCAUAUUUUGAAAAUAAAGUGUUGGAUCUGUUUGCCUUGUAUGAUAAAUUGAUUGAUAAAGAUGAUGUUUGGAAAUACUGGGAAACAAGAAGUUAUAUUACUGAUUUGCCACAGGAAAAGAGAGACGAAGUCAAGGCACAUAUUGAGGAUAUUAUUGCUAAAAACACCACUGAUGAGAGCUAUGAUAAGGAAACAAACCGUUUGAUUAAACCAAUGGGCACUCACACCGUUGUUGUUCCAGUUAAGAAAUAA